AUGGAAGAACGUGAUCACAGCGAUCUUCAGCCGGAGCCAGUGGAAGACGGUUGGAGUGAUGAAAGCGAUAAGGAGGAUGAGGAGGGUAUAGAGGACAUAUUGGCUGUGUCACCGCGUACGCUUCGCGCCCCUACGGAAGCGGCUUCGAAGAACGAUCGCGAACGCUCGACUUUGUCGUCCAUCGUGGCUGAAUAUGCUGACGUUGAAUUGCUGCGUGAGAACGAGCGGCUGAAGCAGCAGGUAUUGCAGCUCCAGACAAAGCUAGUGCGGUCUCAAGAGGUGUCGCUUAUUUCUGCCAAGGUGGUCGACAGCCGAAUCGCUUACCGUGAAGGUCGUCAGUUUGUCGAGUACAAGCUACAAAUCGAGACCAACACGCGUGGCACAUUGUAUGUGUGGCACUGGUACAGCACGUUCCGUAACCUGGCUGCUACUCUCCAGACUGAGAAUGGACACAAACGCAAGGAGAUACCGGAGCUGCCAAACAAGCAGCUGUUUGGCAACUUUUCCGACAAGAUUAUUUCGGACCGUGUGGCGAAGCGGAACCAGUUCCUUGAGGCUGCCACGAACGCCGAGUACCUCCAGUGGGAUAUCCGUGUGGACCAGGACACGUGCGUGUACAAGCGUCGUGUGAAGAGCGCCUCACGGGAAAGCAUAUCAACUGCUAGUAUGCAGUCGUCGUCACCGCGUUCAUCAUCCCGGUUGUCGAUGAAGUCAUUCAGCUUCCGUCGUGGCAGUACAGCUGGCAAUUGA